AUUCGGCCAUUGCCGCCGUCAUCAUCGUCGUCGCGCGCAGCCAUCGUGCAUGUUUUCGUUAAACGUAUGACCGACCGCCGUGCAUGCUCUCUACCCGGUGGUGGUGCCGGUGCUCAGUCUCCUAUCUCUCAGUAGUACUCUGCUGUCGACCGUGUGCCGACGUCAUUUAACGAAAUUCGACAGCCUAUACUUUUGAUAAACAUUUUUUUUCUCGCCUCGUUCAUCUAGUCGUUGCGUUUGUCUUCUAAAUAAACAUUAAUAUUAUAAGCACACAUAGAAACAAAUUUUAAGUACACAAGUGCCUUUGUGGAAAAUGCUGUUCGUCUCGCCGGCUGAACCAGUGAUAUCGUUCGUCGGUUGCUAUCUGUCCGUUUGAAUCGCGAGUUCAGUGCGUUAAAUGCGCGACGAUUUCGCUGCUGAGCUUUUAUUGUUUACUGUUACAAGAGAUAAGCGACGGCCGAUGAUUCCUAGACUAGACAAAGUCUAGGAAACUACUUUCAAGGCUCUGGAAUCAAAAUCGUCUGAUGCUUCUGCCAACAAAUGUUUUAGCUGAUGAAAACUAUGUAACGGAGGAAGAAGACGAUUACCAGUGGUGGACCGAGGAGGAUAUAUGGAAGUUUCCCCCGCCACCUCCCCGUCCACCGUUCUUGGAUCCCCCUUAUUCGGACGGCCUGACCACUUGCGACUUGUGCUCAUGGGCCCUAGAACCUCUAGACGGCACUGACAACGGUAUGUUGACAGUUCCCAUCGCCGAGGUGACGUGGCCCAUGAUACUUGUGCUGGUAUCGUUGCUGUCCGCCGCGAUUGGCGCCCUCUUCAUGGUCGUCUUCCUACACCUCAAGCUACGGCUGUCCGGUCGCACUGCGCCGUCUCGGCCAGAAUGUUUGGUGUCGUUCGAACCGCCUACAGACAGAGUGCGUCAUCAUCACCAUCAUCACCACCAGCAACACCAACGUCGUAUUUUGGGAGCAACGGGCGACACGCAUCGUCGCGGCCCAGUCAGGCGGUCCGGCCAGGAAGCUAUAUCCAAAUAUUCAGGGGGUCCAGGACGGCCGUCCGGCGGUAAUGGGCUGAUGGUCGGAGGUCGAGGAAACAGGGACGGUGUAGUCGGAGGCGGCGUAGGUAUCGGUGGUGGCGAUGGAGGGGGUGGUGGAAGCACCGGCCGUCAACUGUUGUCCAUGGUGAACCCAGGUGAUUGGUUUCGGUGGUUCCGGCGGAAACGACGCGUCGCGCUACCGCCUAACGCAGUGCCGCCCAACCAGAUAGUACGGGCAAACCAUUACACGGUGGAAGAAGCUGCCGCCGCCAUACCAGUCGUGGUGUACGCUUCUGUCAUCGGUCAAGACGAUGUGCCCGUGGUCGACGAUGUACUCUACACCGAACUCGACCGGGUGCCUACACCCGCCUAUCACAACGCCGGUUAUGCUUUCGACCAGCACAGCAGCGCGUACUACUCAGACAUGUACGAGCCCAUCGACCCUUACCACCAAAGGCACAACUCCUUGCCGUCCGACUACGUAUGACACAGGCUUUAAAGCUAUGCGUUGUCGCCCGACUUGAUGCAUACACAACACACGGCAUUACCGAAAUCGUCUGACUACAAUAACGGUCGAGGGAUCCGUUUAACAAUUUUGAAAUUAUGCACGUCCACUGCACACCAACAGCAGCGGUCACGCUUAUUUACCAUUACUCACACGGCCAUUUGAUGAGAGUACCUCGGCCGUUCAAGCGCAAUCGCUUUUUAACAACGACCGUGUACUGAAAAAAGACGGCCGUUAAAAAGUACAAAACGGACGGAAGGCGGCGACCACGACGACGACAACGAUUAAUUUAUUAGUAUUAUUUUAUCAUCACACGGAUCGUAUAUUAUCCGCGGAAAGUAUAUAAAUGCGUUUACCAGCCAACGCAGUUGCUUUUUUAAACGAUAUCGUCAAUCGAUAUGUUCGUCGCCGUCUCUGAUUUUUUCUCAUAUUAAAUAAUUCGAUUUUUUACUUAUUAUAUUUCAAUUUUGAAUAGUUCACACGUAUUUGCACCGACCGGUUUAUUACAUUUUUAGUAAAAUUACGUUUUAUCAUGUAAAAGAGCUUUUUAAACGCUCGACAAUAUUCUCAUUGUAAUAUAAUUGUAGCCGUUGUUGUUAUCAAUUUUUGUAUAAAAUAUUUGUUUAUAAUAUAAUUGUUUUUCUACGAAUUUUUCAAGUUUAGUGUCAUCUCCGUAAAUAUUACCACUAAAUUGUCAUCUUACUUUGUAACCAUCUCGAUCGUUGUUGUGGUCAGCUACUUAGUUGUAUAUAACACUAUUUUUUCGUAUUGUAACGUUAUUUUUUGUUUUUUUUUUUUAUAUAAAUAUUUUGUAAUAUACGUGUAAAGAAAUUACUAUUA